UUUUGUUCUCCUGCACUCGCGGAAUGAUCCUUCGGCGGCUCUUGUGCUUGGCAGGAGCGGCCGCCGCCAGCGCGGCGGCUGACAGCACCUGCCUGGCCUCCGGCGGUGCGUGCGAGGACCCCGAGCUCGUCUCGCUGGGCCAGCUGGGCCGGCCAGCGGUGCUGAGCACGUCCCGCUUGAAGGAGACCCUCGUGGAGCUCUCUGACGAGGCGCUCUUGAUCGAGGACAGUGGCCCGCAGGAGUUCGAGUUGCCAGCUGCUUGGGUGGCGCCGAAGGCGGCGCUUCCCGCCGCCAGCUCCGCGCCGCCUCGGCAGGGCGCGGCCCCGCGGGCCGCCGGCGCCGCCGCGGAGGAUAGCGCCGCUGGCCACGCCCGCGUGCUGCUGGCCACGCUUGCGUUUGUGCUGUGGGCGCGGGCUGGCGCGGCGUUGUGGGCGCGCCGCGCAGGGGCCGCCGAGCGCUUGGUGGGCUCCGGCGAGGCGCCCG